CUGGCACUGUCGAUGGAAGGUUUCUGAGCUAUAGCAAUCAGCAGCGCUGCGUGCUCCUUCUGCAAUGCUCUAGGAUAGACUAACCGAGGGCUUUCUUCUAAGAUAUGAACUUCUGAUCAUGGGGGACUGGAACCUGUUGGGCAGCAUCCUUGAAGAGGUGCACAUCCACUCCACCAUAGUUGGCAAAAUCUGGCUUACAAUCCUGUUCAUAUUUCGGAUGCUGGUGCUGGGAGUGGCUGCCGAAGAUGUCUGGGACGAUGAGCAGUCUGAGUUCAUCUGCAACACCGAGCAACCGGGCUGCAGCAAUAUCUGCUAUGACAAAGCCUUCCCCAUCUCUUUGAUCAGAUACUGGGUCCUGCAGAUCAUAUUUGUCUCUUCUCCAUCGCUAGUUUACAUGGGCCAUGCACUCUACAGACUAAGGGCUCUUGAGAAAGAGCGACAGAAGAGGAAAGCCCACCUGCGGGCUCAGCUAGAAGAUCUGGAACCCAUGCCCGAGGAACACAGGAGAGUGGAGAGGGAACUGCGUAAGCUGGAGGAACAGAAGAAAGUGAAUAAGGCACCCCUGAGAGGGUCCCUGCUGCGCACCUAUGUCCUACAUAUCCUGACCCGGUCGGUGGUCGAAGUGGGCUUUAUGAUAGGUCAGUAUCUUUUAUAUGGGUUUCACAUGUCCCCCCUUUACAAAUGCACUCGGCCCCCUUGCCCUAACACGGUGGAUUGUUUUGUGUCCCGACCCACAGAGAAGACCAUCUUUAUGGUUUUCAUGAACAGCAUCGCCGCGGUCUCCCUGUUCCUCAACAUCCUAGAAAUCGCCCACCUGGGCCUCAAGAAGAUCCAGAAGAGCCUCUACAGGCGGCCGCGGCGGCCGGCGGGCCCCGCCGAGGAGGACACCAGCCUCUAUAACUCCAAGAAGAGCUCCGUGGUGCCGCCGGUCUGCCCGGCCAGCGACGCCUCUCCGCCGCUCCCCGCCGCCGCUCCGCCGCCGUCCCACGCUCCCGCCGCCGCUCCCCCUCCCGCGCCAGCGGGGCCGCUGGGCCGCCAGCACCGCGGAGAGCUCCGCGGCGCCCCUCCGCCCCGCCGCCGGCACAGCGCGGCCCAGCACCACGGACAGCAGCCGCCGCCCUCCUCCAGCAGCGAGGAGGCGCCGCGGGCCGCGGCGGGCGGAGUCCCCGGGGCGGCGGGGUCGGCGGCAGCAGCCCGGCGGGUGCCCCGCAAGCACAGCCGGGUCAGCGUCUGUCGCGACCUUGACGAGGAGCGCGGCGACUCCCCGGACAGCGGGCACUGCCCGGGCACCCGCAAGUCCAGCUUCCUCUCCCGCGUCCUCACCGGGAGCCGGGCGGGCAGCGACAGCGAGAGCGCCGCCUCCCGCGGCGGCUCCGGCCCCGGCUCCGGCUCCGGUUCCGGCUCGGAGGGGAAGCACCGAGAGGAGGGCAGCCCGCCCAGCAGCCCGCCGCCGGCCGCCGCCAUGGGACGCCGCGUGUCGAUGGCAAAGCAUGCUCCUAGAACUAUCAUCUAUCAUGAAAAAGUAAUGACAUUCUGAGAAGAACUAAACUAAGGGAUUGAGCACAAACCACCUUCAGCAGAGAGAUAAAAAGCAGAUAAUAUGUUGCUAUGUUCCCCUCUCCCGACACUAUAAUGCUAAAUUCAUAAUACAGUUCAAGAAAGCAAACACUUUAUUCCUCCAUUUUACGCCAAUCCCAACCCGUACUGUGCUCUGAUUGCUGGCGCUAACGGGUAGCUUGCUCCACAACUCAGGAUUUUUCUCACGUAGACCGAGUCGGAUCUGGUCAGUGUGUGCUGCCACUGCAGAAAUAGCCUUGUGUCUUUGGGAGAACAUUUUGGGAUGUACAACUUGUUGUGCAUGCUAGCAGUGUUCAUAUCAGAAACCAGCCCGAUCCAUAGACCUUCAAGGUAGCGGGAGACCCAAGGCACCUACAAGAAAGGGUUAGUUUGAUUUGAAAGUAAGCUGGAAGGCUUCGUGGCCUCUAUCUCCCCAGGCUUCAGCAGCAAAUGAAUAAAAGAUGGAAGAAAGACUCAAGGAAUCUGCAGGGACAGAGAAUUUAAGAGAGAUAAAAAAACCAGCUGAAGAAUACGCUGCUGCCCGUCUGCCUGUGCCAAUGCAGUCCUCAAGCUCUGACAGAGACUUUCUGUGCUAACGUAGCCUCCUCGUAGCUAAUACUUUCGGCUUCAAAAUUGAAACUAAGUAAAACUGGGCAAUUUAUUUCAAGUGCAAAACAUCUGUGCUUUUCUUCAGCUCGCUGUUCAAGAUCAUCUGCGAGGUGUCACCUCAGGGUCAUGAAAAGCUUAUUCCUUUCACUGUGUCAUUAGUUCAUACAGAGGAACUGAAAGACAAGCGAAGCCAAAAAGAGCUCAUUUUCAGUUUGCUGGGACAGACUAGCUCUGGAGGGUUGGAUUUCUGGGUUUUAUGCAGCCCAAGAAAGCAGUCCUUCCACUUUUGUAUCCCCAAAAUAAAGCACCUUCUUCUGACUGUCCCUGACCCUGUUUCUGGCCACACGCUUUUAGCUGCUUUUAUUUGUGAAGCUUAUCAUAACUCGCAUUUGCUAUCACCUCAACGGCAAGCGAUGCUUGGACCAAGCUCAUUUGCUAUGUCGGUUUUUCCCUAAGCAUAAAAAUC